AUGACCGAGGAGUUUGAGAUGUCUAUGAUGGGAGAGUUGACGUUCUUUCUUGGGUUCGAAGUCAAGCAAAGAAGAGGAGGAACUUUCAUCAACCAAGCCAAGUAUACCCAAGACAUGCUCAAGAGAUUCAAUCUUGAUGAUGUCAAGCUGGUCAAGUUUCCUAUGCCCACCAAAUGCAAGCUCGACAUUGAUCCCAAUGGUAAAGCGGUGGAUCAAAAGCCGCCGGUUGCUGUCUCCCUCGCCCCAGUAUGCCCUCCGGCGCUCCAGAUCUGUGGAUCUCUCUCGAAUUCGCUCCGUGGAGGCCUCGUCCUUCCCGAUCUCUUUCCAUGGACACCGUAUAAUGCUACAUUCCUUUUCUCUUGUGAUAACCACUGUGUUGAUAGUUACGCCAUACCUUUCUUGUCUCAAGGCAAGGAUGAGAGAGAAGUACAUGCCAUCAGUAAAGGUCCAAUCAUGGUACGCCAUCAAAAACAGUGUAACACUAUGGGCAUGGUGGAUAAUAAGAAAAAUGUCAAGGUAAAAGAAGAGAAAGAUGAAAAUAUUAACACGAAAGAGAAAAGGAAGCAAAAGAAAGCUGAAGGUGAUAAGAAAACAGAGGAGAAGCAAAAUUCAUCAGAGAGGAAGAUGACUAAGAACAAGGAGGAGAAAGAGAAGAAAAUGAGAGUUGUUGAUAAGAAGGAUGAUGAGGAGAAGGAGAGGGAGGAUCAGAGGAAAAGAAAGGAAAAUGGGAGGAAGGCGAUGUCACAUAAGGAAAGAAAGGAGGAGAAUGGGAAUGAGAAAGAAGAGCAGGGGCAGGAAGCGAAGGAAGGAGAAAUUGAGAAAGAGAAAGAGGAGGAACAAAAGGAGAUAAAUGAGCAGAAGGGGAGGAAGGAGAAUGGUAAAGAGGAACAUGAUUCGAAGGAAAGGGAUGAGGAAGACCAAAAUGACAAACAAAAUUGCCCUCACUUCUUUAGGGCGCUCAUAUCCAAUUCAUUCAUGGAACACGUGACCAUUCCAGCAGGAUUCCACAAAUACUUGGAAGAUUGUACAGGAAUGGUGUCCCUAAGAGGUCCAAGCAGGAAUAAAUGGCCCGUAGAGCUGGCUAAAAUCUCCGGGGAGCUAUGCUUUGCGCGUGGAUGGAAGGAGUUCCUCUCCGACCAUCGCGUUGGGUAUGGCUACCUGCUGGUGUUCCGUUACGACGGGCAGUCACAAUUCUCAGUGACGGUUUUCUUACCAUCGUCCUGUGAGGCUCCGUAUGCAUCUCUCGCACAGCCACAACACAAGGACAUCGACGUGGCCAGAGAGGAAGAGAAAGGGCUCAUAAGCACCAAUGUAGAUGAUACUGCCCCGCAAGAAGACGCUCGCUCUGGCACUAGUGUAGAUGGUACACCACAAAAUGAAGCUUCAGAAGUAGAAGAAGAUGCUUCAGAAGAUGAAGAGGCAGAGGAAGUUGAAGAUGCAUUAUCAGAAACUCCGGAGAAUGAGCAAGACUAUGAACGUCGCAUGUCCAGCAACGAUGCUCUAGAACCAGAGCAACAACAGCAGGACGAUCAACACAAGACCGACGACGGUUUUGUGGUCGGGAAGAGGGCUAGGUUUAGGAAGGUUGAUGAUAUCAUGGCAGAAGUGGACCGAUCCAAGAAGUCUAGGCCGACGGAGGGGAAAAACUCUGAAGCCCCAUCUGGUGAUCCAGCUUCUGGGGGAACAUCAUCAAGCGACAGUUUGGCAGAAUCGGAGCAUCGUCCACCCAUGAAGUCUAAGGCUGAGGAGAUAAGGUCUCCAUCUGGUGAUUCAGCUUCUAAGGCAGCAGCAUCAAGUGACAAUUUGGCAGAGUUGGCCAGUCGUCCAUCAAAGGACUCUAAGGCUGAGGGAAAAAGCUCUACUGCUCCUUUAAUUUUUUAUACCAGGUCUACUGCUUCAGCAUCUAAAAGAGUUCCCCUCAAAAAAGCUUCGAAAGAAACAACACCAAGUGACAGUUGGGCAGGUGUAUUCACACCAGAAUCCAUGUGCACGGACUUAACCACAUGGCACAAAUCUUUUGGUAAAAGGCUUAGUAAGAAGAAUCAAUUCCCAAUGUUCAACAAGAGCAAUGGUGAAAACCAACCUGGCAGAGUUCUCAUCAAGGUUAUGAGAAGGCCGGGAUUAACAUCACAGGGGCGUCCAGUAACUGAAAGGGAGAAGGAAUACGCCAUGGAGAGGGCACAGAGGUUCAAAUCCGAGAGGCCCUUCACCGUCAAGACAAUGAAGCACAACGAUGUUUAUGCAUCGUACUUCAUGAUCAUCCCCGACAAGUUCGUGAAAACAUUUCUCCCCGAAGAGAGUAGGAAGAUGACGUUUUGGGACCCACAGGGGAAGCCGUGGAAGGUGUGGUACGAGUACACUGGCGGCGAGUGUCCCCGCGCGGCUUUCAGCGCUGGGUGGGGUGCGUUGGCCAUGGAGAACAACCUGGAGAAGUGGGACGUGUGCAUCUUCGAGCUCCUGGACCAGGAAUACAACAUCAAGCUUCAUGUCUACAAGGUCGUGUUGGAGAUCACGCCUUGCGUCAUCGCCCCAAAACCACUGAUAGUCUUUGGAUUGCUAGUUGAUGACCACUUGGCCAUGGGUGAGAGUCAAGCCAUCAUGUGUGUCAAGCGCUUCGCAGUCGGAAUUGUGCAAGUGUUUGGCCCGGAGUAUUUGAGAUCUCCCAAUACUAAAGACGCUGGAAGGCUUUUGGAGAUGAACAAAGCUCGUGGGUUCCCAGGUAUGCUUGGCUCAAUAGUGUGCAUGCAUUGGAGUUGGAAGAACUGUCUUAAGGCAUGGCAUGGGCAAUUCCACGGCCAGAAAAAGGGUUCCAUUAUAAUCCUUGAACCGGUGGUCGAUCAAGAGACUUGGAUUUGGCAUACUUUUUUUGGAAUGCCUGGAUCUUUGAAUGAUAUCAACGUUGUUAAUCGGUCACCACUCAUGAAUAAUAUUGCAAAUGGUGAACUGCCACCGGUGCAGUUUGUGGCAAAUAGACAUACAUACAGCUAUGGCUACUAUCUUGUGGAUGUCAUCUACCCAAAGUGGCAAACAUUUGUGAAGCCGUUGAAAAAACCGGAAGGUAAGAAAAAUCUAGAUUUCCACAAUGCUCAGGCGGCAGCUGGGAAAGAUGUGGAGAGAGCUUUUGGGAUUUUGCUAGCCCAAUUUGCUAUAGUGGGAAGACUGGCUAGAUUUUGGGAUCAAAAGAUCCUUUGGUACAUCAUGCACGCUUGUGUGAUCAUGCAUAACAUGAUCAUCGAGAAUGAGCGUGGCCAAGAUUCAGACUACUCUCAGUAUGAGCUCUUGGGACAUCCCGUGCGAGUGCGGCGGAGGGCUGCGAGGGUGGCCCGGUUUGUUGCCUCCUAUCAUGCCAUUCGACGUGCCGAAACGCAUGAUGAUCUUCGGAAGGAUCUCAUCAAGGAGUGGUGGGCAUGGAAUGGCCGACAAAACGCAUGA